AAAACACUAACAUAGCACACAAGACUAUCAAAGUAAAACAGCAAACAAGAGACUUUUACAAAGACACAGAGUUGACACAGAGACAUGACUGACUGGGGAGAAAUUGGGGAACAUGGAAAGAAGAAUGACUAGACAUGACACGUGGGACACAGGGGCAAGGCAAAGUAACAGAAACCUAAAGCCUAAGAAUAUAACACAAGAAGAAAACAAUAAAGAGAACCAAAAACAUACAUAAGAAUAAUCAAUGAAUAUAAAUGAACAAACACAAAACACUGGGUCACAGACUCAGUACCAUGACAGUUAAAUGUACAAUAAUAAAUACUUUAAAUCAGAUGACAAUGUAGCUGACACUGUGUUUAUUAGUGUGUGGUCAACCACAAAUCUUCAUACUGUCAUCCAUACAUGAGGUCUUUAUACAAACGAUGAAAGAUAAUGAAAGAAACUGUUUCAUUGAUAUGAAAUGAUUGAAUUAUAUGAAAUAUUAUGGCUUUGUCUGCCAGAGUGUUUUUCUGUAAACUACUUUGAACUACUGGCAGUCAGUGAAGUCACUGAAAGGCAAGAUUCUAUGUUGUGUUGCCGUAGUUUCCAGAGUUUACUUAUAAAGCUCACUUACAGAAUUCAGUUAGAAAAGUCAAGCAUUUGAAGGGCGCACAUUUGAAGGAAUAUUAACUCAAUAUUAACUCAUUACGGUUUACAUUUUCGAGUUUAAAAGUUCUCAGAAAUUACAAUGAAAAAGGAAACAAGAAAAAUUACCACUCCAGCCGAUAAGAAAGAUUCAGGAGAUCAAGAUUGUAAGAGCAGGACUGCUAAAAGAAAGGCCAGUCCUGAAAAGAAGACCCCAAUAAAAAGGAGGAGGGUCGCUGAGCAGGCUGGUCCUUCCACCAGCUCAGAUGUGGUCAAAGGAGUGAAGCGCAAGGUUGUGCAAGAUGAAGAGGGCACAACAAAGAAAGCAAAGAAGGCUAAACUUCUCGACCAUAUGAGCGGUGACAAGGAGCAAGCAUCCUCCUUGUUGGACUCUGGUAAAGACUUGAAUAACAAACAGGUGUGCGCAAAAAAUGGCAAAAGAAAGGCCGCGGGAGACAACAGAGAGUCACCCAAGAAAAAAAAAGGAAUGUGGACCAGGACAAAAAAUCAGUGGCAGACCAAAAACGUGAAUUCCAAGCCAGAUAUGUGGAGGAGCACCAGCUCGGAGAAGGAGGCUGCGGAGCAGUGUUUGCUGGCUACCGGAUAGAAGAUCGUUUUCCAGUUGCCAUCAAACACGUUCCCAAAAAUAAAGUCUACUGCAAAGUGGCGGAUGAAAGCGGGAAGAAGCUCUCAGUGGAAGUGGCCAUUAUGGUUAAACUUGCAGGUGAAGCAGAAGGGUCAGUGGGAAUAUCUGCACCUGUGUCCUUGCUGGAGUGGUUCGACCUUGGCAAAGAGCUGAUCCUGGUGCUGGAGAGACCUGUCCCCGCUGUGGACCUGCAAAAAUACAAAGCAGAAAAUGGAAGAACUUUAACAGAGGACAAGGCCAAGGUCAUUCUGAAGCAACUAGUUGAUGCUGUAAAGGAACUUGAGGAUAAACACAUCUUUCAUCGGGACAUCAAGGGACAAAACAUUCUGAUUGAGACCGGCUCAGAUGUGCCUCGUGUUCGCAUCAUUGACUUUGGACUGAGCUGCUUUGUUAAACAGCGAUCUCUGUAUCGCAUCUUCUAUGGCACUCCUCUUCACAUCCCUCCCGAGUGGUACAUUAGGAGCUGCUACAGGUGUGGACCCACCACGGUGUGGCAAAUGGGAGUGGUGUUGUAUGAAGCGCUUCAUGCACGAUACUUUAGUACCGCGAGGUUCCUCACAAAGAAACUGAGCAUCAAAAAGCGUCUGUCCACAGAAUGCCGGAAUUUCUUGGACGCAUGUUUAGCUAUAGUCCCGGAGAAGCGCCCAACACUGGAGGAGCUCCAGCUUCACCCCUGGCUAAGAUAACACACACAAACACACAAUUCACACCUUAUCAUAUAAGUAUGAUACAUUGUAGUAACUUCCUUUCUUUUUUCUGUUGGACAGGAAUAGAUAGAAUGGGUCAAUCUUAAAAAAUAAAUAAAUAAAAAUCUAGCUUUUUUGGAGUUCCUGUAACCCCCCCAGCCAUCCCAGGAAAGGGGAUCUCUCUUUGAAUGGGCUUUCCCGAGGUUUCUUCCCAUCGAUCUGGCCCCCUGGGGAGUUUUUCCUCGUCUUCAUAGAGAGCUUGGGCUGGGUCAGGAGCUCCAUCAAAACUGUCUUUAUUUGAUGACUUUAAAAUAAAGAUGUGUUUUACUUAAAGUAAAAUUUGAUCAAAAUAAAACUUGUUUAAUUCA